CAAACCAACCGAAGGGAGAUCAUUCGGAUCCUCUCCCGAGUCCUAGGCCAAGCCAAUCCCCAAUCCCUCGCCACUCGCCACUCGCCGCAUGGCUCCCGCAUCCACCUCGCCGCCGGCGCCGGCGAAACCCACCCUCCUCAGCGGCGUCGGGGGCCUUGACGCGGCCGUGUCCCUUCGCCUCCACGCGCUCUUCCUCCCGGUGCCCCGCCUCCUCCUCAAGGCGUUCGAUGUCGCCGGCGACGGCCGCAUCUGGCUCCCCAUCCCCAUCUCGCUGCUCCUCCUCUCGGCCACCCCUGCCAACUCGUCAGGGGCGGUCUCCCCACUCCUGGUCGGCCUCGUCGUGGGCCUCGUGAUCGACCUUAUCCUCGUCGGCCUCGUCAAGGUUGUCGUCCGCCGCCCUCGCCCGGCCUACAACGACAAGGACAUGUACGUCGCCGUCGCCGCCGACCACUGGUCCUUCCCCAGCGGCCACUCUUCCCGCGCCUUCCUCGUAGCCGCCUUCCUCGCUGGUGGCGGCCUCCACCGCGAGGCGCUCUUCCUCUGGGCGGCCGCGACGUCGGCGUCCAGGGUGCUCCUUGGCCGGCACUACGUCCUCGACGUCGUCACGGGGGCUUGCCUCGGCGUGUUCGAGGCCUGGCUCAGCUCCCUGUUCUUGAGAUUCAUGUGCGCUCACAGCAGCUUUCUUGUAUGCUAGUUCAUGUCUAUGUACGAUCAUUUACACUGCGAAUCUGUGAUAGCAUUGUUGUUGCAAAGUUACAAUUUUGGUAAGCAA